CCCCCCCCGGGAUUUUCAGCCUAGGAGCGGCUCCUGGUGGAGCUUUGCAGCAGGGUCGCCGGGAUGAGCACGGCCGCCAGCCCCGAGCCCCUGCCCUCGCCCCCCGCCCCGGGACCCCGAUAUUUCGACCGCUUCGCCGAGGGGGACCCCGAGUACCUGCGGGAGCGCAACAUGGCGGCCGACCUGCGGCAGGACUUCAACAUGAUGGAGCAGAAGAAGCGGGUCACCAUGAUCCUACAGAGCCCGUCUUUUAGGGAGGAGCUGGAGAGCCUCAUCCAGGAGCAGAUGAAGAAGGGGAACAACUCGUCCCACGUCUGGGCCCUGCGGCAGAUCGCCGACUUCAUGGCCACCACGUCCCCUGCUGUCCUCCCCACCUCGCCCAUGGGGCUGGCCUCCGUGACGCCCAUCAACGACCUGCACGGCCCCGAUGCGCCCGCCCUGGCCAAGGGUGAGCGGCUGAUGCGCUGCAAAGUGGGCAGCAUCCAUCGCCUGCUUGACCUCUACGGCUGGGCGCAGCUGGGGGACGCCUCCGUCACGCUGCGGGUGAGCAAGGAGCAGGAGCAUUUCUUGGUGGCCCCGCAGGGGCUGGCGUGCAGCGAGGUGACGGCGGCCAGCCUGAUCAAGGUGAACGUGCUGGGGGACGUGGUGGAGCAGGGCAACACCGGCUUCGCCCCCGACGCCCGCGCCUUCAGCUUGCACGCCGCCAUCUACGCCGCCCGCCCCGACGCUCGCUGCAUCGUCCGCCUGCACACACCGGCCACCGCGGCGGUGUCGGCCAUGCGCUGCGGCGUGCUGCCCAUCUCCCGCGCCGCCCUGCUCCUGGGGGACAUCGCCUACUUCGACUUCCGCGGGGAGGUGGAGGACGAGGCCGACCGGGUCGAGCUGCAGAAGUGCCUCGGCCCCACCUGCAAGAUCCUGGUGCUGCGCAACCACGGGGUGCUGGCGCUGGGCGACACCGCCGAGGAGGCUUUCUACAGCAUCUUCCACCUGCAGGCAGCCUGCGAGGUGCAGGUGUCGGCGCUGGCGAGCGCGGGCGGUGCCGAGAACCUCAUCGUGCUGGAGCGCGCCAAGCACCGGCCGCACGAGGUGGGCUCGGUGCGCUGGGCCGGCAGCACCUUCGGGCCCAUGCAGAAGAGCCGCUUGGGCGAGCACGAAUUCGAAGCCCUCAUGAGGAUGCUGGACAACCUGGGUUACCGCACCGGCUACACCUACCGCUACCCCUUCGUGCAGGAGAAGAGCAAACCCAAAAGCGACGUGCUGAUCCCCGCCACGGUGACGGCCUUCGUCUUCGAGGAGGAGGCCGCCCCCGUCCCCGCGCUGCGGCAGCACGCGCAGAAGCAGCAGAAGGAGAAGACGCGGUGGCUCAACACCCCCAACACCUACCUGCGGGUCAACGUGGCCGAGGAGCAGCAGGGCAGCGCCGGCAGCCAGAGGACGAAGACGACGUGGCUGAAAGCAGACGAGGUGGAGAAAGGCAGCAGCGGGACCGCGAUCCGCAUCGAGAACCCCAACCAGUUCGUGCCCCUCUACACGGACCCGCAGGAGGUGCUGGAGAUGAGGAACAAGAUCCGGGAGCAAAACCGGCAGGACGUGAAGUCGGCCGGGCCUCAGUCGCAGCUGCUGGCCAGCGUGAUCGCUGAGACGAGCCGCAGCCCCUCCACAGAGAGCCACUUGGCGAAUGCAGAGGCCAAAGACGCGUCCCGAGAGGAGCCCCCUGCCGAGCCGGAGCCCCCGAACCCCUUCAGCCAGCUCACGGACCAGGAGCUGGAGGAGUACAAGCAAGAAGUGGAGAGGAAGAAGCUGGGGUUGCACGGCGAGAAGGAUACGGCGGUGGAGGAAAGCCAGGGAUCCCCCCAAAAAUCACCCCCGGUGUCCGCGCCGCAGAGCCCGGCCAAAAGCCCGGCCCCGUCGCCCACCAAGCCCUCGGAGGGUGACAAGAAGGCGGAGGACGGCCAAGCUCCUGCCGACUCCACCACCGAGAAGGAGCCGCCGCCGGCGGUGAACGGGAAGGACGAGGAGCAGAGCACUGAGGAAAGCCAGGGCAAAGAGGGGGACAAGACAACCACCCCUGCCAACCCCAACACGGACACCCCCAAGGAGAAGAGCGAGACAGUGACCAGCAGCCCCGUCUCCCCUGAAGGCUCUCCCUCCAAAUCACCCUCCAAGAAGAAGAAGAAAUUCCGGACCCCGUCCUUCCUGAAAAAGGGCAAAAAGAAGGAAAAGAUCGAAUCUUGAGUCUCCUCCGAGGCUUCCCACCGCCGGCGCGGCCAAGCAUCUCUCUGGACGGCUCCUGCGCCGUGCGUCUGGCCGAGGCGCAGCUGAAAACACCGGAGGCUCCCGGGGUACUCCCGGCACGAGGCACCUCGUCCCCCGACACCCGCUUCGGAGGCAGCCACUGAGCUUUCGAAAGAUUGUGGCCCCCGUUUGCCGCUUGGGGAAAUACCCACUGCCAUCCCCCCGCUCCCACGAGCACUCCCUCCUCCCUCCUGGGCACGGGGUUUGUUUUUCCCCCCCGCCGCUUGUAGAGCCUCCGUGCAAAGUGGGGUGCAGCCUGGAUGCGCUUGGUUUUGAGAAAGAAAAGGGUGUUUUGUCGUCGUCGUUUUUUUUUUUAUUAUUAUUAUUGUUAACCUUUUGUUUCAAGCUCCGCUGGAUUGGCGCUGGCUUCGCCCACAGCACAGCUCUCCGCCGGGGUGAUGGGAUCGAGCAGGAUGCCGGAGGAUUGCUCUCCCCGAAGGAGAGGCCGAGGUGGUGGGGCUGGGGUCCUUCCCUUCCCGGAUUGCAAUCUUCCCCCCCCCCCAGGCCAGAGAGCUGCCUCCAGUCCCCUUCUCCUGGUGCCACGGUCUCACACGUCUGCUGCCCGGUGAAGAGCAGCGAGAUUUCACACCACCCCCCUGGGGAAGCCCCUGCCCAACUGCACCUGAGAAUGGAGAAGAAAGAAGGAAGAGCCUCGGGGAAGCGCCCGUUGUUAUUUAAAACUGAGCAAACUUCACUCACUAAGUGCUACUUCGGGAUGAACACACGCUGCCGAUUCACUUCUGUCAGAGGCACCGUCGAGGCGGCCGCCCCGGUGCCCCCGCACCGCGUCACGGGGAUGCUGUACGAGGCUGUGCCCGCCUCGGCCCCGUCGGCGAGUGCCUGUCCACGUAGAGAGCACGAGAGUCACGUCUGAAGCCGAACCGCCGCUUUUCCCUAGCUCUGGACUCCCAAGCACAAGCUGAAACCCUCCCUGGUGUUUCCUUCCCCCCUCAGCCUCGCUCACUGUGACCGUCACAACCUCCUGGCCGUGCCCCAAGGGAAGAAGAAGAAGCAGCGAUG